CCAUUUUUGUAGGGAUCAUGACCAUAUAAACCCCACACCCUCUUCUUUAUUCUUUAGUCACUCUCAAGAUUUAACUACCAAGUUAAAUUUUAUAAAACAAAAGCAAAACCCAUCCUUCCCUUAAAAAACAAAAGUCCAAGUCUCCUCUAGCAAACCUCACCGCCUUCUACACUAGCUAAACACUUUCAAUUCCCACCUUAUUUAUACACAACUUUUUCUCUUAGGCAUUUUAUCAAACGCAGACAUAUAAGCUCAUAUACUAUCAAAAAAAGCCAUGGAUUGGUUCUCUUGGCUAUCAAAAACUGGCCUAGAGCCUUCUCUUGUAUAUGAAUAUGGUCUUGCCUUUUCUCAUAAUGAGCUUGAAGAAGAAGAUAUUGCUUAUUUUAACCAUGAAUUUCUUCAAAGCAUGGGGAUAUCAAUAGCAAAACAUAGGCUAGAGAUUCUCAAACUUGCAAGAAAAGAAAAGGGAGCUACCCCUCAUCCAAUGGCAAGAGUUCUUGUUGCCAUUAAAAGGACAAAGAUGCGUUUAGCUAAGUAUAUAAGAGCACUGGCUCACCGUGAUGAAUCUGCUCUUGUUGUUGUUCCUAGGCCUGCAGGUUAUGCUACUAGAUGGAGAGGAGCAAUGUUGAAAAGAAACAAGAAACUGAUGAUGGGUAAGCAAGGGAGGUUAUUGCUUACAAAUGGAAGUCCUAUGGUGGUUUCUGGUCCUAGACUUGAUAGUUUUUCAAGUCCUGUGGUAUAUGAUCUUCAUAAAGAAGAAAAGAUUGAUGAAGGUGAUGAUGAUGGGUAUUGGUCAACUGGUGUUGAAGAGAUCAGGUGGGAUACUAUGUUCCAGAAUCUCAAACCAACUUGAAUUGUUAUAGUUUUUAGUUUUUGCUUCUUUGUUAACUAGGCUCUAAGGGAGCUCUAAACUUUAAACCUCAGCUCUAGAAAGACUCCAUUCUAAUACCACCUUUUCUUUUCUUUCUUUUACUUGAAUUCAGUUUCUUGAUCUUAAUUUUAAUGGUGAGAGAUGGGUUUUUUAGGUUCUUCCACCAGAGUCUUGUUUGUGUAUUCAAGAAGACAUACUUCUUUUUUUAAUUAGUGAGGGGUGGGUCAGAUAGAGGGUACACACUUUAGCAUCAAGGGUCUCUUCAGUAAUGAGAUUGUCUCCCCUUGCUUU